GUCUUUACUUCAGUAGAAUGUAAAAUGUCCAUUUCUGUUUUUACAGACAAACCUGGUAUAUGUCCUACUGUAGAAAAUGGUACAUUUGGUAUAGCAGUUGAAAUGUGUUCAAACGAUUUUGAUUGUGAAGGUCAUGAGAAAUGCUGUAGCAAUGGUGCUGGCCAUGUCUGUCAACAACCUGUUCCUAAACAAUCAGGUAAGAAGACUUCCAAAUGA